AGAUAACGGGGGGCGGGGGGGUUGGAAGAGAGAGAGAGAGAGAGAGAGAGUUCAUGGAGGCUGUGGGUAUUUGCAGCAGUAGAGUAAGGCUCUCACCUUCUCUCACCAAAAUAAAAGUUGGAAAUUCUCUCCUUAUCAAAUCAAUGGCCACCCAGAAGCCUGGAACCAGAGUUACAGGUACCAGGAAGGGAUCAACUGUGUUCCCUUUGGGUGAGCCAGGUCCACGAGAAAUAAACAACAGUGCACCGCCUGUAAAGCUCUUAACUAACGUGGAAAAGCUUAGGCUCCUAACCAAAGCGGAGAAAGCAGGACUACUGUCAGCAGCUGAGAAAUUUGGCUUCUCACUGUCCACAGUGGAGAGGCUGGGCCUCCUCACAAAGGCAGAGGAGCUAGGGGUGUUGUCUGCAGCCACAGACCCCGGUACCCCAGGAACACUGUUGAGCUUAAGCCUUGUCCUUUUGGUGUUGGGUCCUUUAUGUGUCUAUGUUGUGCCUGAGCAGUAUCCAUGGGAAGUGGCCCUGCAGGUCGUGGUGGCUUUGGCCUGUGUGGUUGGUGGAUCAGCAGCUUUUGCUGCUUGGAAUUUUGUAUCAAACUUGCAGAGGUCAAGCUAAGUUUCAUUCAGGCUGAAUAUUGAGGUUCAAACUACUUCUUGUAGUAAGUUCCAUGUGCCAACUAGUGUCAGACUAUCUUUUUUCGUAUUUAUAUUUCUUUUUGGUGCAAAAGCAGACUCAUGUUGUCAACAAAUUCUUAUAAAUUAUCUGUUUGAAGCAUUCAUGCAGGAUAGAAA